AUGAGUGAUCAUCGAUCGUCAUUUAUUCAUCUGAUUCGCCAUGUUUCUAGCACUCAACUUCGAGCAGAUCCUAUGCUACAAUGUGCGACAAGCACUUUUGCCGCGUGCUUUCUUUAUUCAAUUGUGAUAUCUUAUUUGUGGACGUACACAAUAGCCUGUCUAUGUAUUUCUGGAUUCUUUGCGCAAUUUUUGUAUCGAUGGAUCAAAGGACAUGAUUUCAAUUAUUGGAUUGCUGUACAAUCCGCGUUUCUCGGACUGGUUUUCGGUUGUUCGAUCUCCCAUUCUCUACAUUCAUCAGCAGAAAUCACGGAUCCUAAAAGCCUAUUUUGUCGCUACAUUGCUGUGCUUGCAUUCUUUCAUUAUACGGAGUUCCUCUUCACCGCCAUAUCAAAUCGACGCUCUUUAAAGAUUGACUCGUUUUUGCUGAACCAUUCUCGAGCUUACUGGGCUGCAGCGGUUACAUCUUGGCUUGAAUUUUGGAUGGAGGCAACACUAUUUCCAAAUAUGAAGUUUUCAUUUGCAAGUUGGUUGGGCGUCGGAAUUUGUAUAAUUGGCGAGAUUAUUCGAAAGGUUGCGAUGAUUCAAGCGGGCAUUGGGUUUACUCACUCGUUGGCAAUUAAGAAACAUUCGGAUCAUCAUCUGGUGACAGAAGGUAUAUAUGGGUGGUGUAGACAUCCAGGUUAUCUUGGGUGGUUUAUCUGGUCAAUUUCUACUCAAAUUGUUUUAUGUAAUCCAUUGUGUUUGGGGCUGUACGCUUUCGCAUCGUUUAAAUUUUUCAAUUCACGAAUAAUCGACGAGGAGAGAGACUUGCUACAUUUUUUUGGAUCUGCCUAUGAGAUGUAUCAGAAUGAUGUUCCUACAGGAAUUCCAUGGAUUGAGGGAUACAGACUUCGAAGA